AUGGCUUCUGUACCGCUGAUAACUGCCACCGACAGCUCAGUCAACAUGCUGUUCGACAAAGACUUUUCUCGAAUGUGGACUGUCAGGCCUUCUUCCCGACUUGCCCAUGCCAGCCAGUUGGAUAUUGAUCAAGUUGCGCAACCCGCAAGACAAACAUCUAUUUUAUGCACGUUAGGUAAAGUCUCCUUGGGAAUCAUUUCAUUCAAGGUGAUUCAUGGAGUUCACCAGAAGGCCUGGAAAGAAUGAUAAAGGCGGGUAUGAACGUCUUGGUCCUCAACAUGAGCAUGACCCCUCGUGAUACAUGCAAAAGGGUCAUACAGGAGGUCCGAAAGAUUGAGGAAUCUCUUAACUUUAAUCCGUGCAUUGCAAUCGCAAUGGAUAUGACUGCGGCUCCAGUGCGUACAGGUCUUUUUGAUGGCGUAAGUUGAUUACCAUAAUGUCCCAAUAUCAGAUGUCUGAUUUGGAAGUAAUUCUAGAGGAAGGUGACAAGGUCGAACUAACUACAGAUGAGACCUACAUGAACAAGUGCACGGCGAAGAAAAUAUUUAUCGACACAAAAUACUUCCCCCAGCUCAUUCACAGUGUGCGCAAAGGAGACAGAAUACAUAUUGAUGACGGGCAAAUUUGUCUGGUAGUUAAAGAUACGGGCUUCGAUUCCAUAAAUUGCCUCAUUGAGGAAGGCGGUAUGUACUUUGUUAUAUUCUUACCUGAUUUAAAGGGUCUAUCGGCGGUUAUAAACGAGUUACACUUCCCCGGGAACGACUUUAUCAGGAUUCUGUCUAUGCCAAUUACAUAAGAGAUUUAGAGUUCGCCGCUGAAUGUGGGGUAAGUUAGUCGUGUUUGAAUUUAGUUCGUGAGGUUGACUUCGUUUUCACAAGUUUGGCAGAGAGCGCGUCCUUCAUUAAAGAUGCACGGGCUCACCUUCCACCAGAAAUGAAAAUUUUCGCCAAAAUCGAGACGCGUGAUGCUUUUAAAAAGUAAGUCAUAUGUUUGGUUUCGUCUCCAUUUCUCUUUCGAAAUCUUUAACAUUGUCUUCCCUCCUGACACAGGGGCCGCUUAUCUAAUCGUUAUAGUUUUUGUCUCUUGUUUUCUAAGAAGACCAAGUGCUCUGCAUUUACAAGUAUUUUUCUUUCCUAAGCCCAGUUAUUGUUUUUUUUAGCCUCGACGAGCUGUUGCUGUACUCAGACGGUAUUAUUAUUCGCCGUGGUGAGCUCGCAACACAAUAUAGUUCCGAGAAAGUUUUUAAGCUGCAAAAGCACAUAAUUGGCCGCUGUAAUGUCGCAGAAAAGCCCGUGUUUGUUACCGACCAAUUGCUUGAGACCAUGCGGAUGAAACCUCGUCCAACGCGCGCCGAAACUUCCGACGUUGCCAAUGCAGUUUUAGACGGCGCUGAUAGUAUUAUUUUGACAGUUGAAACAUCGUGGGGCAAGUACCCCUUCGAGUCCGUGCAAGUCGCUGACCAGGUAUGUCCCUUACUUACCGCUGGUUUUUGAACGCCUGUCUGACAUCCUUUGCAUUCCACUAGUUCUUCCAAUCCUAGUUUUACAACUAUCUUUCGUUUUAUAUCCUCAGGUCGUACAUAGUUCUUGAAAAUACAGUAAAUUCACAAAAUACGCCUUUUCACCCUAGCAUCAUUACUUUCGUCAGCUGUUAACUGACUAUUAGACUUUCGGAAGUGCCGUCAGACGUUACAGUAUGACGCGCUGACCUCGCAGGUGUUAUUCAUUUCAAUGACCUGUUUUCUUAAUGUUCCCUUUUUACGUAGACGUAUUUUUCAAUUUUUCUGUAUUUUCAAGCCUGUUGUGAACUGGAUCUGUUCAUUUACCGCCGAAGCGAAAUUAUUUAAAUUUGUCGGCUUUGUUUUUAAGAUCUGCCGUGAAGCCGAGCGGGCCAUCUUCCAUGAUGCCAUACGUUCAGAACUUAAGAUUUGUCGAGAAUCACGUGCUCAUUGGGCAUAUAGUAUUAAGGACGUGACAGGAAUUUCUGCAGUCGAGGCUGCUGCAAGUUGCAAUGCCAAAGCAAUUCUUGUGAUCACAACGACAGGAGCGUAAGUAUCUUGUAAUUUUAUGGAUAAUUACCUUUUUGGAUACCCAGCGGUCAUAUUUCUAAAGUGCGUGGAAGGGGAGACAAAGAGCGAACGUCAAUCUCAUGUUUUCAACUUGUCUGGUUUUGGUGUUGUUUGGACCACGUGAUCAUCUUUUUGCUUGCACAGCAACCCCUUGAUCUCGCAAGUGAUGAGCAUUCCCCUUUGCACCGAUUUUUUAUCAACCUGCCAACCUUUUAUGUUUGUCUAGGGCAUAAAAGGCAGAGGAAUCGUUGUUGUUUCGGGCCACCGCGUUGACUCGCACGCGUUUUUGCGCUACACGCAUUUGACUGGGAUAACUCAAUGACUUCAAGCUGAUCAAUUUGUCUUCUUUCUGGAUAGACUUCUGGAAUAUAUUCCGUGCCGAAAAUGCCGCUGGUGAAGAUUGUUAGGCGGUUUUUAUGUGGCACGACGGAGUUCUAGCUCGUGGACUGUCUCGAUCUUCAGCCCGGUUUAUGGCAUUUGGUAAUAAUAAAUAAAACAAUAAAGUGAACGUUCCCCUGCCUCGACCCACUUUUGAGGAGACUUUUAAAAAUAAGGUACUUCACUUCUUCCCUCCGAUUAGCUCUCGUUAUUCAACAUAAGUGGCUUUUUUCGUUUUCAGCUCGUUGGACAUGAAGAAUGGGUGUAGUAAAUCUCUUAAAAGAAGCGUUCUGUUCAAUUUUCUUAGUAGCCUGUUUUUCCAAAUUUCAGGGCUCGUUACCUUUGGUCCUGCUUCAAGUACUGCCUUUUGAUGACUUAGGAGACAUUGUAACUUCAAUCUUGAACCAGUCUACUCAUUUUCAGGUGGAGGAAGAUCGAAGUCGAAUUUGUAUGAUUGUACUAGAUAAUGGAAUUUUUAGCUUUUUUCUCCCCCUGACACUUUCGACCCUUGUAAGCAAUUGUCGUUGCGUCCCAGCAGUCAUUUGGGGCAAACAUCGAGAUAUGUAUAAGGAGGUAGCGGUUUAAACCUUAAGUUAAAUCUGAACCAAUACGGUUCUAUCGCCUUUUUCUUGAUCUCGUCAGAUGUAACGAUAAUCACGGUCAAGACAUUCGCCAAAAUAUUGUAUUGUUGCUUAGAAUCAUCAGACGUUUUCGAGAGAAUUGGGGUAGAGCUGCUGAUCUUUAUUUGACUCUUUCAAUAACUGCUGGAAUAAGCUUUUUUACUCUUGGACAAAUUCCGACUUGUGCAACCAAUAUAUUCUGUCCCGCAGAAGCAGGUGAAGGAGUAAAUACACAUAGAGGUGGUCUGAGUUGGUAGUUUGUCCUUGCCCUCUCCGUAUAUGAUGAGACUAAUGGAGAACAGUACACAGGUGUCAGUUGCUGGAACGGUCCGUGAUACAGCCUGAGUUAGGUAUCUUCUUAAAAGUUUCAAUUGGGACGUCCCCGUGAAAUGGGACCCUCAUGAAAAGCCUAUUCUUUCCUGCUGUCAACAUCGGGGUUUUGGUGGUCUUUCGGCCAUGUUCUUAGCAGUAAAUCGAUCAGGAUACCCGUUCUGGCGAAAGACUUUCGAUGAUCUUACUCAAUGCUAUCAACUGAGCAGACUCUUCUCGCCCUUCCUGUCAAACAGCGGACCAAAUUACGUCUAAUGUCUAGCGAUACAAAACUCCCCAAAUGGGUGUAUUGUCCGGAACACGUUUUCUUACGAUAGACGCUACGUCAAAUACUGCCGUCAGGCCUUAUUCUCAGACGCACGUCCAAAAAGGGAAACGAACCGGACCGUUCUUCUUUCCGCGUGAAUUUGAUUGAUGAGUGCGCCUAAUUUAUGUCAUCCAGUAGAACUGAGACGUUACUUUGUUCCGGUGCAAUUGCAGAUAUAUAUCAUCCACGUACAGCCCGUAGUAUCUCAGAUCGUCGAUCUGGUGACGUAGCUGGAAAGCUUCUGGCUUGCUUAUGAAUAUGCUCGCCAAAAGCAGACCAAGGAGCGAGCCCAUAGCUACGCCGUCCAUCUCUCUAUGCAGAGUUUUGUCAAGUAAGAACUGCACGUUCAAGAUAUACCUCAAUAACAAUUCCUUGAGGGCAUUCACUUGCAUUCCUAUAUCCUGCUGACUGUCAGAAAUGACGUCACUGAGGUAGUUGGCCGUUUCUGUUACCGGUAAGUUCGUAAAAAGAGAUGAGACAUCUGACGAAAAUUUAACCAUUUCGUUUAGAUCGAGGUCUUUCACGCCGUUAAUGGAUUCAAAGGUACCUCGAUAGCUAUGUUGCGCUAUUUGAUAUUGCAGAGGCUUAAGUUUCGCCGCUAGUAUGGUACGGCGAGUUCCUCGUAUCGACGAUUGGACAAACUAGUGUGCCAUCUUUGUGGAUCUUCGGCAAGCUGUACAACCGAAGUAUAUGCGUGCACGGGGGUGGAGACGCUCAACGUCGUGUUCGCUUAUCCAACCAUCCGCCUGAAGUCUUUUCAGACAGUCAGCUGUGUUGCAGUCUCAUCUUGAUGAUCCUUCUCCUUUUUUGUUUUUCGAAGUUCUUCCUGAUCCGACAGAACUGACCGUCAUUUUGUAAUGUAGCCUGCGAUGUCCAUCAAAACAACGUCAGUUUCCUUAUUUGGCCUAGUUAUCAGAAUAUCUUUGUUUUGCUGGAGUUGCUUUAACUUCUCCAUAUGUAACUUCGUCAGCAAGCCCCGAUAUUUCUGACCACUGUUCAGGUUUUAAUAAGACCAUUUGAUUAACGUGGGCUUAAGAUGUACGCUCUUUGCCGAAACUGGCCAAAGGUUGUGUGUUUGAUUCAAGAGGUUCUCGAAAUGCGUUCCUAACCCUAGCUGGUUGUACAUCUGGCGAGGACAGAAAGACCUGGGACCCAGGGAUAAGGUUUCGGUCGAUGUUUUAUCGAGAAAUAUGGACGAAUGAUUGUGUACGUACCGACCUCGAUCUUCAGGAAUCUUCGAUUGUGGUCUGCUCUCGUGAGUACUCCGAAGGAGAGAAGUCAUCCUUAUUUCUCCACGUUUAUCCGAAAUGGCUCGCAUAUAAUUCUUGAAUUCCUGUCUGCCGUCAAUAUAAAUGCACAGGCCUUAAGAGAAUUUAUCGGAAGCGGACGUCUUCAAAUUGCCUUUUGAAAUUUCCAAUGGGAAUUUUCGCAACUCUAGAACUUAGGAAUUUUAAAAUUCGGAGGCUACGUGGCAUCCGUUUGUUCAAAGUCCUAUUCUUACUCCUUGUUUCCAAACGCCAUGGUUUCCCUGGUACCGAAACAAGCUGGGUAUUACUUUUUCCUGAACAUGUUUUUGAGAAAAGCAUUCCUUAAACUAAUUACUAGUUCCUUUACGUACAAACGUCAGUGUUUGUGUGCCAAUUUUGUGUUUUACCCCCAUUAAAAGAGAGGGCUGCCAUAACACCAUUUAAAAGUUCUGUUAAAAGUGAGGCGAAAGUCCGACUUCUUCCAGUUUGUACGCGGUUCUUUUGGACACGGCUGUUUCUGCACCUCUGUCCGCCGUCUAGACCGAAAGACUAAAUUUGGGCGUACGUUGACCCGAUUAAAACAUCUGGCAUGGUGUCGAGUACGCCUGUUUGUGAGAUAAAGCCUUUUUGAACACAUUCUAGUGAAGUGCUUAUGCUUAUUCAUGUCACAUCUCCAUGGUAGAUCGGCCGUCUCUAUCUCGGCCUGUAGGCCAUCCUGUUCGGUCGUCGCAAUAACACGGGACGUCAAAGUCGGUCGACUGUGUUAUGCUUACCGGGGCCUUCACCCAUUUGUCUACACAGGUGAGCAUACCAUUCUCAAGUCUUUGACUUCCCAACAUCUGUCGCUUUAAAAAUGGUCCUUGUGCUUCUGAAUUUACCCUGCGGCAAAGGGUUGGGUGAGUUGAUUUUCUCUGGUUUCCUCUCAAAAAACGGAAACAUACAACGAAGUUAGUAGUUUAAAAACGCAGACCCCAUGUUCGUCUUGGGGUACUUUUCUCCACAAUCAUGCUCUAAAUUUGUCUUAAGAAACAUCAGCUCAGAGAUUUAGCUUCAGUAUGGUAAGCCCGAUAUUUGUAUUCUACGGACCACUUGUUGGCAGCUAGUACCUGCUCAGCCAGUAUGGCAAACUACCUAGUAUUGCACAAAGUUCCUUAAAAUGUUCUUUAUCCGAGCUAAAUCGAAAGUGUGUAUCCUUUCUGAAAUGGCGCUCCAAUGAUCUGGGUGCAGCAUAGGACAUCAUCGUCCCAUUUUUCCCCCAGAGCUACAGACUAGGGCCUCCACAGGUGGUCAGCAAAAAAAUGAUACAACGGGCAAACCGACAAAAGCGAGGGCGACUGCUUUAGGCCUGUUAACCGCUGUCUGCCAAUCCUAUUCCCACACUAGUUUGGAUAGCCUGGGGUUGGGACGCGUACCCCUUCACAUUGUACGUUCACUGUCCAGCCGCAGGCUCUUUUGUUCGAGAACAGUUUUGCUGAUGUGGCGCUUCACUGACUUGGAUUCGGGAGGGGACAGGCCCGUUCCGUCUGCUCUGGAGCCAUUACAGGCGGUCACAGCGACAAGCAAGCCACACGGCCGUGGAGUUAGGCCGUGGCCGGCUGACAACGGCUCAUCGGCCAGAAACGACCGUUUUAUUUUCCCUUGUCAUUUUCACCACACAUUCUGCGGACAGUCUUCCAUUACUUUCAGUGACUCCUACAAUAGGCCGUUUAAUAAGAGUGCCGAUUUUUCAUUCAGAACAUCAGGUUCUUUGGUGAAACUUUCUAACCACAUAUUCUUUUUCCCGUAAGAGCCACAAAUUCUAAAGUCUACUUGACUUCCCCUAGUCUUGAUGGUUCCUACUGUGAUCAGUCUAGAGCGAAAGCACAAACAAUACGUUCUUACUGAUAUUGGCGUUUCCGCUGCGUUCUGAGCGUUCCUUGGCUGACAAGUCUGGUGAGGUGAAUUCAGUGUGAAAUCAUUAAUGACCGGGAGUAAUUCUUUGCAGUUUGAUUGGCCGGGGUCACCUACAGCCGUGUUGCACCUCAAGAUGGCCUCAAGCCAAAUGCUGUAAAGUAAGACACUAAUGAGCCUGACUAAAAGCACAGUCAAAGUAGUAUGGCGCAGACAUAUUUAAAGACGACACCAGGUCGACGUCCCAUAGGACUGCGUCAUCUCAUAGUCCAUUGUCAGUAACAACGGAAUAUCGGCAAAUAAGGUCUUCGGGGUUUCUCAUCUGGGCUCGAUGCUUGGAUUGGUUAAAGCCCCCGUUGGGGGCUACACCAUACCUCGCAUUCCUUGUACUUCUCCCUAAAGGACGGAGUGCACAAGUAAACCUACUGACUCGAAUUCUAGGGCAUGUGACCGUUGAAAGUCAAGGACUUGCGCACGUCAAACCGUAUAGUCUAGUCUUAUUAGUCGUAAGUUUACACCAAUAUCUGAGAUCCCUGAAAGUGUAAGUUCUAGUGCUCUCGGUUCUGUAAACGGAACCGCCGCCUGAACGUCUCCACGAAGUACCUGUUACUGCGUUUUCUAUAGAAGUCUAGUUGCUACGUCCUUGUAUGCUUUUAUGAAAGUUGGUCGUAUACGGUCGAAAAGUAACAGCCCGUUAUCCUCAUGUCAGCGUCCUCAGUCCAUCCGGUUAUGUAAAUGUGUGCGUUUGCGCAUUCGUGUACGUAAACUCGAUAAGGCAUCUUCGUUCUAGCAUCCUCAUGUACUUACUAUUUGGUCUUUUAUGUAGUGACUAUCGGAUUCUGGUUCUGCGAAAACAGGUAUUGUUGCAUCUCAAGUAACCACCACUCAUAGCAUGGCUCUUCCGUUGGCCAGUGCUGACUGCAUCGUGGUUAUGUAAGGGUUACGUUUGGCCACUUGUGGUUCACUGGUUCCCUGUUGAUUCCGGUUCUAGGGUAAAACGCCUCCAUAUAUUGAGACGCCUUGGGAUUGGUUUUCGGAGGUAUUCCUCCCGAUGACGCCGGUCCUAAUAAUCACCAAUCCGAUUGCUAGAAGCAGAGCUGUGGUUGACCAAACAGCCAUUUACGUCACGGCUUCACAACUCCUCCUGGUCUGCAGCGGGAGGGGUUUUCACCAGAUUACAUACCAUCAGUGGCAAUUUCUGUCCACCGUACUGAGUUUCUGGGAUGGCCCCUCGGGGUCCGUAGAUUCAACCGUAUUUCUCGAGCUAUAACUCUCCUGCCGGUCAAAAACCCGACUGAGCCGUGCUUCGACGGGCACCGUAAUAAGUCGGCGACUUCGUGUAGGGACCCUUUCGCGUAGUUUCUCUAUCCAGAGACGACAUUCACCACCCAUCCCCUCUAUACCACUAUGAGAUCUCGCGAUCUGGCUGCCUCUGCUCGUGUGGUGAGAGAAAUGUUGAGAAGAUGGAUGGACGUUAUGGGCUUGUAGAAAUCUUUGCUUACUUUUCCUGCUGAGCGUACCAGCAACAUCCUUUCACCUCUCAUUCCUUUAGGCGAGAAACUUGACGACUGGUCUGAAGACAUGGACAUGCGCAUCAACGCCGCCAUGGGGGCCAUUAAGCACCAAAAAAUUGUGGAAGCCGGUGAUAAUGUUGUCAUAGUGACCGGUACCGGUGCAGGCAAGGGCAGCACCAACACAAUGCAGAUAUUUUCCGUUCCGGCGGAAAGGAAGCAACUCAAGGUAGUAAGUUCUACUCAAACCCUGAGAGCGGACGGAAAAGAUGAGGCCGUAUCAGCCAUGGGAGAACCCGGUCUCACCCAAAAGGCUCCUCGAUCACUCUUCAGGUCGAUGGCACAAAGCAACUUUGCCUCUAUCUUCGACUUGCCGCCGCCUCUAUAG